UUUCGACACUUUUGAAAGGAGCUGAGACGCCAUUACAGGGAGUCAGUCUCUGCUGAAAAACAGGCAUUUGGAGGAUUUUAAUCAGAAAGUUCAAGAGACAUAUUUUGGUGAGUUAAAAAUACUUAAAGAUCAAAUGGCUGAGAGAGCUCUUUUUGAAAAUUUCCUGAGCUGCCAUGUGUGUUCAGAGACUUUCAGAGAUCCUGUGUCUCUGACCUGCAACCACAGCUUCUGUUCAAGCUGCCUGCAACAAUUCUGGGAACAAACUAAAAACAAAAACUGUCCAGUUUGUAAAAGAAAAUCUUCAAAGGAUCGUCCAGAUGUCAACUUUGCGCUGAAAGAACUUGCUGACUCCUUUUCUGGAAGAAAGAAACCUGGAUCAUCGGAGACAGAAAAACGAGACACGGAAUUAACAGUGGUGUGCAGUAAACAUGAGGAAGUGCCUAAACUGUUCUGUGUGGAUGAGCAGAGAGCUGUGUGUCCUGUGUGUGACUUUUCUCUCCACCAGAGUCACAAAGUGGUUCCUGUAGAAGAAGCAGUCAGUGACCUGAAGGAGCAGCUGAAAUUUGACUUAAAGUCUCUGCAGGACAAGAGGAACAAAUACAAACAAGUGGAGGAAACAUACAAUGAAGUGAUUCAACACUCCAAGAAGCAGCUGUUGUCCACAGAGAGGCAGAUCAGAGCAGAGUUCAACAAACUCCAGCAGUUCCUGAAAGAGGAAGAGGAGUCCAGACUGGCAGCUCUGAGGGAGGAAGAGGAGCAGAAGGGGAGGACUAUCAGCAGAGAGAUGAAGAUGAUUGAGGAGCAGAUCUCCUCUCUGUCAGACAGCAUCUCUGCUGUUGAAGAAGAGCUGCAGAAACACAGCGUGCCAUUCCUCAGCAGUUAUAAAGACACUCAGAGCAGAGCCAGAGCCCAGAGCUCAGUGUCAGAUCCACAGCUGGUCUCAGGAGCACUGAUAGAUGUGGCCAAACACCUGGGCAACCUGUCCUUCAGAGUGUGGGAGAAGAUGAAGGAGAAGGUCCACUUCAGUCCUGUCAUUCUGGACCCAAACACUGCAAGUGGCUGGCUCUAUCUGUCUGAUGAUCUGACCAGUGUGAGACAUGGAGACACAAAGCAGCAGCUUCCUGAUAAUCUAGAGAGAAACACUAAGUAUGUCACUGUUUUUGGUUCUGAGGGUUUCAGCUCAGGGAAACACAGCUGGGAGGUACAAGUGGGAGACGAUCCUGACUGGAAUAUGGGUUUAGUUAAAGAGUCAGUUGACAGGAAGGGAGAGUGUCCUGCGUCAACAAAAUAUGGAAGGUGGUGUUUAAUGCAUCGCAGUGGAAAAUACAUUAAUGGUGUUGGUCAGACUGUGACAGUGAAGAAGAGUCUCCAGAGGAUCAGAGUCCAGCUGGACUAUGACAGGGGGGAGGUGUCCUUCUAUGACCCUGAAGACAUGACUCACAUCUGCACUCACAGAGACACUUUCACUGAGAAACUCUUCCCUUAUUUUCAUAUUUUUAAGGCAGGAGAUGCCAAAACCUCUUUAAUCAAAAUCUUCCAGACUGAGAUUUGAUUAUAAAGCAAUCUCAGCCUUUUAAGAGUGUGUUUAGUGUUUUGUUUUGUUUUUAUCUCUCUCUUACAAAAUAAGACUUUAGCAAACAUGACAGCAGCAGCAUAGUUAAUUUAAAGGGUCAGUAAAAUUUUAAUCAAACUGUCUGAUUUCAUGAUGAGGGUUUUAUUUUAUUUUGCUUAAAUGGAACUCGCGACAAUUAAAUGAAAACCAAAGCAAUUUUUUUUCAUCUUAAAAUGAUUUCUACAUUCUGCAAUUGUAUCACAUCAUCAGGUUAAAAAUGUUAUAAAGGCACAUGCUCAGCAGCAUCUUCAUUUCAUUCAGAUACCAGUGUAACUACAGCUGAUUGAUUGGAUUAAAUAUUUUCUUUCUUGUUCUGUUAUUCUAUCUCAUUUAAUUAGGUUUUUGUUUUGAUUUCUAAAGAAAUCAUUAAAUAUUUCUUAAUAUACAUUAUCUUUAUUAAAGAAAUAUCUUUAAUAUUAAAACAUGCUGAACACAGCUGCAGAGAUGUCAGAUGAAACUCCAAACUUAUGAGGACUGCAAAACAUAUUUUUCUGAUGAGACGGAGACAAAGUUAAUAUUUGUUCUCUGGUUAAAUGUUUUUUUCAACAUUUUAUUUCUACUUUCUCACAUUUUAAAAGGUAAAUAAUCAAACUUAACUUAAGAAGUGAAAUCGAUCAUGAAGACUGAUAAAGACUAAUUGGCAACUUCAAAAGCGGUAAUUUAAACUUCAUUACAGGUUAUCAGGUGACAGUAAAAUAUAUGCUGAAUGUCUGUGUAAUGUGUUCAGAGACAUUCAGAGAUCCUGUGUCCCUGAACUUGAACCACUUACAGGAUGUAGUUAGUUUACAGUAAUGCAAUAGUCACUUUAACAAAAUCUGGUCUAAGGAAAUUUACUUCAUUGGUAUACAUUCAGUUUAUAACAAACAUAUGAAUAAAAAAUAAACCUUUACAUAUUUCAGUUACAUUUUACUUAAAAUUAUUGCUUCAUGUUUAUGGGAGCACAUAAACUUUUGUGUUUGUGUGUGUGUGCGUAUGUGUGUGUGCAUGGCAUGAGUGCACAUGCAUCGCAAGGAAUUGUAACACACUCAGAAGAACAGGUUGGAUAUAAUGAGUUUGUCGCCAUCAGGAUAGAGUGGGAAGACAGGGAUUGAAAUUCUCAUGACCAUUGAUUAACAACCACUGGUCAAAGUCCACUGAUCCAUGGCCAUGAGUACCAUGAGAAUGGCUGCAAUCACAGCAUUGUAAGAUGGUGAAAGAUGUACCCUUAGGCCCCCUCCUCGAUUCAGAGACGGUCUA